UCUAUAUAAAGCUUAUUAUAAACCCCUCUGUUUUUCUAGCCAUGAUCCAACUAAGCUUGUAAAAACAAGUCCACAAAUGAUAAUGGAUCAUUCAACCUCAUCGAUCAGCGCUUCAUUCUCAUCCUCCUCAUCAUCACCAGCCUCUUCUCGUCGAUCCACGCCGCUCAACUCACCCAAAAACACCCCCGUCGUCUCAAUCCAGUGCUUGAAGUCCAGCUCCAAGUCUGAAGAAUGGACACCUGACACCCUUCAGACAGGAGACAUUGUGGAAAUCAUUACUAUUGGAAAUCUCACUGUCCGAUCUCCGUUUAAAAACGGAAAGUCUGGUGUGCAGAAGAUACUUCAUGAGUGUUAUAAGUCGAAAGAUACGUCGAUUCGGGUGAGUGUUAGGAGGGGAGCUGACCAGUUUGCGGAGCUCAUGGCGUGUAUUGUGCCUAAUGAGUCCGGUGGCAGGAAACAGUAUAUGUUGAGGUCGAUUGGUGAUCCUAAUUAUGCUGUUGGGUUUGUUGAUCGGACCGAGGCCGAGUGCUUCAAUUUGCAAGCUUCAAGAAACUCUAGGAUGGUGGAUGCAUUAGCUAAGACUCCACUUAAAGAUGGACAGGUAUCUUAUCCAUGGGAGAAGAGAAUGCAGGAGCAACUAUCAGUUCCUAACUCAAGCUUUUUUCUUUCAAUACUCUUCCUUCCUAGAACCUCAGACAAAAACCCUUCCCGCUACAAUGAUCUGGAGGACACUCUUGCUAGAUCUAAUGCAUGGCUGACUGCCUCUCAGGCAUCAGGGGUCCCUAUUGUAUUCAUGAACAUCCAGACUGAAUCCCUACUUACCAAGAUAUCAGGAGAGACUGCAUCUUCAACUGUAAAUGCUGGGUCAUUGUCGGAUUUGUCAAAUUUGGCUAAUGCAAGUUUGUAUGGCUUCGAGGAUUACCAUGGGGUGGACAUUGGUGUUGUUAGAGCAGUUCGACUGUGGUAUUCUCCUCUAGAAGGAGAAAUUCCUGUUGAAAUCAAAAUAAAAGAAACUGACACAAAGCUUGGCUUUGCCAUUAGCCGCACUGAAGAGGGUUUUAUAUACAUAUCUUCCGUAGCUGAAGGUGAUGAUGAUGCAUCUUCAACACGUUCAGGCCUCUGCAACAUGUAUAAAGAAGCAAACCGAGCAGGUAAACUCCUAGUGAUUUCAAGAGUAUCUAACCAGAAAGUCCUUCCCUGGAUUGUUUCUCCAGCAGGACAAAUACGAUGUUACGAUACUGUUUCCCUCAGCCAGAAGCUCUCAUUGCACCGGCAUGCAAAGGUUUCUAUACUCCUUCACACCUUCUUGUGGGAUUCAAGUGUUUCUUCUCUUAUAAAGGGAUUUGGUGCCAUGGCUCCAGCUGCAUUAUCCUUGCCGCCAGAAACACAAACAGCACAACUUGCAAAUGAUAACCGGUUAUCAUCCUUCACAUAUGACGAAUCAAAUGAGAGCACUCAGAGCAGUGUACGUAGCGAGGAUGGACCACGACUCCAACCCGAGAGAAACACGUUAGGAGAUACCUCCUUUCGGUUCUAAGAUUUUGCAGUUCCACACAACAGGGGCUAAGAUAUAAGUUAUUGUUUGAGUCGUUUCUUGUAUGCUUCGUAUUGAUUUGUACAUAGAGAUACAUCAGUUGUAGUUUAGUCCGGAGCUUUUGCCCUGAUUGUAUCUGUAGUAACUCUGUAGUCCAUAGAAAUGUGAGUCUGUUUAUUAAUCACAUAGGCCCUUGAGUUCUAAACUUGUAUUUGUAUGGGAAAACAUUUGAUAAUAGACGUAAAGCUGCUUCGCUUCAAUGGUUCAGA